GGAAACUGAUGUGAUUAUAAACAUAGAAUAAACAACUCCAAAAUAAAGAGAAUUAAGAAAAGAAGCACAAAUACUGUAAAACCUUGAAGACAAGAAUAGAAUCUGACACCAUCCCAAACCCAUUACCAAAAAAUAAAACCCUUUAAAAAACAUUCCCUCACAUAUGAACACAUACUUGAAACCCAACACCAGGAAAACAGGAAAAUAUAAACAAACUGCAUAGAAUACAUAACAAAAUUAAUGGGUAAAAAAACACACCAAUUUCAAAAAAAAAGGAUAGUGAUUAUAUUCUUUUAAAGCAUAUCAUAUCUUUGUAGCCCGCUAUCAACGGCAAUUCUGUCUUCCCUUACAAAAAAGAAGGUCUCAUAAGUUUAUUACAAUGAAGGCAUGAGCUCAUCACCACCCCCACCCGCACCUCCUCCGAACACAAUCGAGACGCAAGGACACUAUUUAGACCAAAGAUUUGUUCGGAAAGUUGUUGUCGAGGUGAUCGAUGCUCGAGACUUGCUGCCCAAAGACGGUCAAGGGAGCUCGAGCCCCUAUGUAGUGGUUGAUUUUGAUGGCCAAAAGAAGCGAACUUCUACUAAGUUUCGUGACCUUAACCCUUGUUGGAAUGAGCCUUUGGAGUUCAUUGUAUCCGACCCUAAUACAAUGGACUUUGAAGAGCUUAAUGUUGAGGUUUUUCAUGAUAAACGGAUGUCUCCUACGCCGUCGACCCGGAAACCUCAUUUCUUGGGCCGGGUUAAGUUGUAUGGGUCACAAUUUUCUAGAAGAGGUGAUGAAGGAUUGGUGUAUUUUCCCUUGGAGAAGAAGAGUGUUUUUAGUUGGAUUAGAGGGGAGAUUGGGUUAAGAAUUUAUUAUUAUGAUGAGACGUUUGAUCAACAACAACAACCUCCACUUCAACAAGAAUGUGGGGGACCACCGCCACCUGAAGUUGCGGAGGUCCCACCCGAGCAAAGGAGGGAAGACGAACAUGGCCCACCACCUCCGAUGCCAACUGAAGUAGCAAUGCAAGCUGCAGGCGGGUGCCCGUUUACUAAUGGACACGGACCACCACCUCACUUGAUGGGUAUGGGGGAGGGUCCUCCGCAACAACCGCCAAUGCAAAAUGGACCCACCACGGAAACAAUCGUACACCACCAUGACGGUCAUCCUCAACAACCACCUGAUCAGUACAACCAUCAACACCAACAACCACCUGAUCAAUAUAACAAUCCACCACCAGAAGCACAUGAAAUGCACGCGCCACAGCCGGAGCUUAUUCGACGUAUGGCGCAUAAAAGAACGACACCAGGAGAGUACGCGCCACGUGUAAUCUCAGGAAAGUUUGUUUCUGAAACAGAAAAAAUAUCAGCCUUUGAUCUUGUAGAGCCUAUGUUAUACCUCUUCGUUCGUGUUGUAAAAGCGCGUGGAUUAACACCUAAUGAAAGCCCAUACACUAAAAUCAGAACAUCAACCCAUUCUCUCAGAUCCAAACCCGCUAUUUACCGUCCGGGUGAACCACCCGAAAACCCAGAAUGGCAGCAAGUUUUUGCUUUAUCAUCACCUUCAACCACCGUAGCCGGAACCCUAGAAAUCUCAAUAUGGGAUUCUAAUUCAGAGAGAUUCUUAGGUGGGGUCUGCUUCGAUCUUUCCGAUGUGCCCGUGCGAGAUCCGCCGGAUAGUCCAUUAGCUCCUCAAUGGUACCAUCUAGAAGGUGGAGAAGGUGUUUCAGGAGAUGUACAGCUUGCCGUUUGGCUUGGUACUCAAGCUGAUGAUGCAUUCCCAGAAGCUUGGACCUCCGACGCACCGCCGCAUCAGCCAAGCGUGAUGUUCACGCGUUCUAAGGUUUAUCAGUCACCGAAGCUUUGGUACCUUAGGAUUACAGUGAUUGAAGCUCAGGAUCUUCAUAUUCCUCCAAAUCUUCCGCCAUUAACAGUACCAGAGCUUCGGGUUAAGGCUCAGCUAGGAUUUCAGUCCGUGAGAACGCGGCGGGGGUCAAUGAGUGCACAUGGCGGCGCAGCCGUGCAUUGGAAUGAGGAUUUGAUUCUUAUUGCCGGAGAGCCGUUGGAGGAACAAUUGAUUUUGUUAGUGGAGGAUAGAACUAGUAAAGAUAAUCCUAUGCUUUUAGGACACGCCAUUGUUCCUGUAGGGUCGAUUGAGCAACGGUUGGAUGAACGACACGUGGCAGCUAAGUGGGUUUCUUUGGAAGGAGGGAGUGGUGGUGGUGGUGGAGGCGGAGGUGGAGGUGGACCAUAUUGUGGUAGGAUCUUUUUGAGGUUGUGUUUGGAAGGAGGCUAUCACGUGCUAGAUGAGGCUGCUCACGUGUGUAGUGAUUACCGGCCGACUGCGAAGCAGUUAUGGAAGCCUCCGGUUGGGAUAUUAGAGCUGGGAAUUCUUGGGGCCCGUGGUUUACUUCCGAUGAAAACUAAAGGUGGAGGCAAAGGGUCUACUGAUGCUUAUUGUGUGGCCAAGUAUGGAAAGAAAUGGGUCCGGACCCGAACAAUUACGGAUAGGUUUGAUCCAAGAUGGAAUGAGCAAUACACUUGGCAGGUUUUUGAUCCCUGCUCCGUGUUAACAAUCGGAGUUUUUGAUAAUUGGAGAAUGUUUGCCGAACCCGGGGAGGACAAACCGGAUUACCGAAUCGGAAAGGUUCAUAUUCGGGUAUCCACAUUAGAGAGUAAUAAGGUGUAUACCAAUUCCUACCCUCUUUUGGUAUUGUUACGUACCGGGCUCAAGAAGAUGGGUGAGAUCGAGUUGGCAGUCCGAUUUGUGUGUCCCACGUUGUUACCCGACACGUGUGCUAUUUAUGGGCAACCUUUGCUUCCGAGAAUGCAUUAUCUUCGGCCACUUGGGGUAGCUCAACAAGAGGCUCUUCGUGGGGUUGCGACGAAAAUGGUUGCAGCUUGGCUAGCACGUUCAGAGCCCCCACUUGGACCUGAAGUUGUUCGAUAUAUGUUGGACGCGGAUUCACAUAGUUGGAGCAUGAGGAAAAGCAAAGCUAAUUGGUUUCGAAUUGUGGCUGUGCUCGCUUGGGCAAUCGGGUUAGCAAAAUGGCUAGACCAAAUCAGAAGAUGGAGGAACCCAUUGACUACAAUUUUAGUCCACAUCCUUUACUUGGUUUUAGUUUGGUAUCCAGAUUUAAUUGUCCCAACCGGAUUCCUAUAUGUUUUCCUAAUUGGGAUAUGGUAUUACCGUUUCAAACCCAAGAUCCCCGCAGGUAUGGAUACUCGAUUAUCACAAGCAGAGACGGUAGAACCAGACGACCUUGAUGAAGAAUUUGACACAAUCCCAAGUUCUAGACCUCCAGAUAUAGUUAGAGUUAGAUAUGAUCGAUUGCGUAUGUUGGCAGCUAGAGUGCAAACUGUUUUAGGCGACUUGGCAACUCAAGGGGAGCGGGUUCAAGCAUUAGUAAGUUGGAGAGAUCCAAGAGCCACAAAAUUAUUCAUUGGGGUAUGUUUAAUGGUCACAAUAACAUUAUACACCGUACCUCCGAAAAUGGUAGCGGUUGCACUUGGGUUUUAUUUUUUGAGGCAUCCCAUGUUUAGAGAACCUAUGCCUCCAAGUAGUCUAAAUUUCUUUAGAAGGCUACCAAGUUUGUCUGAUAGAUUAAUCUAAAUCAUUUUAUUGUCUUUAAUUUCUACCUUUUUUUUCCUAGUCUUUUACUCUACAUAGAAAAAAGUAAUAGAUUUAUAGCCUAGGAAAAUAUUUAUAAUGGGAGACCCUUUGUAGUUUGUAGGGGAGGGAAAAAGACUAUUUUGUGGUAUGAAAAAGGUUGGGUCCCCAAAUAAUGUAGGACUCCUAUUCAAGUACUUCCAUUGGGAGGGGAGAAAGUGGGUUGAAAAAAUGGGUUAAGUCUUUUGUUUUUUUUGGAUUGAAAUUGAUUGCCUAACAUUAAAAAUUGAAAUGUGGGUCGGAAGAAAAAAAGUGGGUUAAAUUUUUUCAAGAUAGAUUUUGGAUGCCAGAAAAAUUUGAGUUAACAUUGUCCCCAUAAUUUAGACAUUUUAUUGGUAUUAUAUUAGUUUUUUUUAUUUCUACUAACAUUUGAAUCUUUAGUAAAAUAUGUCAUAUAUUUGUACAACUACAAUUUUGUAAUAUUAUGGAUUUUAAAGAGUAAUGUACUAAUGCUAUAAAUAAGCUUAUGAUAGAUGUUUUAGAAUUUGUUUCAUAUUUUGUGUAAUUUAAUUUGAAAUUGUGGAUGCCGUGAAUUUAUUUUUGUAAGUUUCUAGUUAGAAUCUUACUUUUGAAGAGAGUAUUGGGCACAAGUACUUAUU